AAUAAUCAGCUGUGGGCGGCCAUUAUCAACUGUUGAUUUCCAAACAAAGAAAUGUGAAAAAUAUCUCAAGGAACAUUCCACACACACGUCCGCCCACACACCGCCCAUCAAGAUGCAUUCCGCUCAGGCCCAGGCCCAGGCACGGGACAAACUGUUCAAGAGCUGGUCGGGCAUCAGCGAGGUGGCCAUCAUCAAGGAGGUGGCCACCAAAGGCGAGAACAUCGACCUGUGCAUGGAAUAUUGGGCCAAGAAGAGGAAAACGACGACAGCGGAAUACCGUCACUACUUCUACGAUGUGGUGCAGGCCUAUGUGCAGCGAUUGCUGUCGGAGCGGCUCGUGCACAAGGCGGACACCACAUUGCGUAAUGUGGACAGGGACGUCAAGUGCUUCUUCUUUCAGUACGCCUGCGAGUGCCAGGACGAGGAUCUCAGCGAGUAUGUGCUGGAUCAUCUGCGCACCAAGGAGCCGCUGCUGUACGAGCAGGAGGAGCCCGUCCUGGCCUACUACUGGUCGCUGGUGCAGCAGCUGCGGGAGUGCGGCUCGCUGCUGGCCAAACUGAAGACCCAAUUGCCGCGGGUGCACAUCGAGGCGUUGAUGACGCUGCCGGAGGAGGCGUUGCAGCUGCUCCUGGUGGAGCUGUACUUUGCCAAUGGCAAUGAGUCGCUGCUACCCGAGCUCAGCAAGGAGAUGGUGUGGCAGCAUCUCGUGGAUAAUCAGCGGCUGGACCAACUGCAGCGCUGGUGCUGCUGUCAGGAGGGCAACGAACCCGAGGACACACUGUCCCCGCUCGAGAAGGGCUAUGCCGCCUGGCAGGUGGACUCCUCCAUGUACGACUACGCGCUGGAGCAGCUGCAGCAGCCCAGCGAACCGCUGCGAAAUUACUUUGCCCGCGCGGGCUACUUCUUCCCCGAUGAGUCCUCGGACAUUCCCACACAGCUGCGUCGCCUCUGCACAAUGGAUUGCCUGGGACAGCACGCGGAGCUCAUCAGCCGCCAGCCGCUGGCCAAAUAUCUGCUGGACCGCGGCCACCACGCCCUGCUCUUGAUGGACUGUGUGCCCAUUGCCUCGCUGGAGCAGCUGGCAGGCAGCGAGGCGCAUCAGGAGGCCUUGCUCACACUUAUAAUUGAUCUCAAAACUCAUUCUUUGACGCAGCACGAGGGAUUUGAACUGAUAUCCAAGAGCGUGCAGACGUACUUGGAGAAGACCCACAACGAGUCAGUCGGCCCCUUUGAGGAGCAUCCCCUGCUCACGUUCUACGACUUUCUUACGCUGGAGCCCAGCGUGCGCUCCCUGGAGGGAUUCCUCACAUCCACCAGCCUGAGCAGAGUGCCAUAUCUCAAGUCGCUGACGGCCCGCUUCGACCACGGACCGACGGGCAGCCCGGCUGCUCUGCCCACGCCGCAUGAACUCUUCCUGAAGUUCAAGCAAGUGAAUCUCUCGGUGCUGGCUGCCGCUGGCCACGGGGAGCUGGUGACCUUCUCGAAUCCACGGCUCUGCCAGCGCUUUGCCAGGAGGUCGCAGCUGAACUACACGCACUAUCUGAAGCAGCACAGGGGCGCCUAUGCAGUGUACUAUCUGAUCACGGAGCAGCUGCAGCUGUACGGCCAGAUAACGAAGACCCAGCUGUUCCAUGCCUGCGAAACGACCACGCAGCUGGCCCUGCAGCACGCCGGCGACGAGGAGCUGGUCACCCACUGUGUGGCCUGCUGCGAGAUGCUGGGAUUCGACACUCAGUCGCUGCGCAGCUUCCUCCUGCUGCAAAGGCGUCUGCCAAAGCGGCGGCAUAGCGACAGCUACUCGGAUUUGCUGGCCCAAUGGGACCGGGAUCUGGUGCAGCAGCUCGACACGAAUCCCAAAGACUUUCCAUUGGAUCUGUAUCAAGCUCUGAUGCGGCUGGCCGUGCGAAAGAUUCCGGGCAACUUUCCAGGGGCUCUGCUCCAGUAUUACGCCUCCAGAAAUGACUGGUGGCACCUGCUGCUGCUCAUCCAGUACUUUGAUCUGCCGCUGACGGAGCUCAAGAAGCUUCUGCCGGAGUUCAAGUCGUCCCCGCUGGGUGUCCACCUGCUGCGGGCUCUGAGCUACGAGUGCAGCGAUCGGCAGCACAAGCGAAGCUCCAACAGACCCACGCGUCGUGGUGGCGUCGAAACUCAGACGAACUCCUCGCAGGAAACGAUGACCAACUCCUCGCACAGUUCCAUCCAGGAGGCCAAUGUGCAGCAGCAGCAGCAGCUGCAAAGGCAUGCGGAGCAGUCCAUGUGCAACCUGCUCACCCCCAGCGCUCGCCAGGAUCUGUUUGCCAUCAUCCUGUGCAGUUCCAACAGUCUGCCCGACGAGGAAAUCCCAACCACGGCCACGUUUCUGGAGAUGAUGCAGGGCAGCACUCCGCACUGCAGCAGCAUAAAUCUGUUGAGGCACUGCAUCAGGGAGGGGCUGCCCGUCCUCGCUGUUCUGGCGGCCACCGUAAGCAGACGGAAUCUGGACUGGUGCUGGCUCGUCUGGCUGGCGGUGGCCAGCGGCCAAUGGAGCACCCUGCUGCUGAGGGAAGACGAUCGCUUCGAGUGGGUGUGGUCUGUGAUACGGGGAGCCGUUGCCGGCGGCCACGUCAACGCUCUCCUGCACAGCUUCGAAAUCUUCCAGCCGGAUUGCAAGUUCACGCAUCUGUGCCGCUUCCUGCAGCUGACGGGCCACCAGGAGGACUUUAGCGAUGCCACAAUUGUGGAGCUGCGUCAGUUCUUCUGCAGCUGGAGCCACGAUGCAGUCACUCUGCCGCUGUGUGCCCCCCUGCCGCGCAAGCAGAUGAUGCAGCGAUCCAUUGGGCUGCUGCUCAUUCAGUUGCAGUCGAACUUUGACUGCAUUCUGCAGCAGCGGCGAUUCCUGGACUGCAUCUGCCGCUCGGAUGUGGGCGACAUAUGCGACCUCCUCGACUUUUGCCUGCUGCACAAGGUCUUUGGUGUGGCCGCCACGUGGCUAAGGGAACUGGCCAUUGACCUGGAGCAGCUUGUGCGCAGGGACAGCUCCGAGUACAGGCGUCUGGUGGAUGCCCUCACCGAGGCGAAGGCCUACGACGAGGCAUUGCAGCUGUCCACCUUGCUGCAGCUGCCGCUGAGCGACAUUGUCUAUGCCAAGUGGCUGGCGGAGUUGGAUGCUGGAGUGCUGCGUGCCCGCCAGGAGUACGAGCUGGAGAUCGAGCAGCAUGCUCUGCCGCCGGCCAUUCUGGUGAACUUCCUGUUGCAGGCAGCCACCGGCCACCAGGCGGGUGCUCUCAGGCGCUACGAGCUGCUCCAGAAUGCGCUGGGUGUGAUCAAGCAGCAUCAUCUGUUCCCCAACGAGUCCUUCGACAGGGAUCAGAUCGAGUACGAUAUGGUCGUGUGCUAUCUGCAGCUGCCCGAGGAUCAGCUCUCCUCGCUGGCCAUCUACCACUCGGAGUACUACGAGCAGAUCAUGCUGCAGGAGCGCCUUGUCCUCUACAAAUCCUUCUCGGAGCUGAAGGAACUGGCCGGCAUCGACGACCUCAGCAUUGCCGGAAAGUCUCGCCUAACGGCCGAGAUGGAAGCGCGACUGGACAGCCUGCUGAACACUCUCCUGGACAGGGGCGACAUUGUGGAGGCGUUGCGUCUGCAGGACCUCUUCGAGUAUCGGCCCAACGAUCUGCGGUUCAUUGUCUUUGCGAUGGCCCUGGCCGAAGGCAUAACCAGCAUCGGCAAUCUGUCCAGCAAGGAGCGCCAGUUGCUUGGCGAGAUCGAGAAGAGCGCGUUCCCAAAGUUCAAUCGGAUCACGCUCAACCAGAAUGUGAUGACGCGAUGCAGCAGCGAUCUCUCCGACAGCUGCUCGGACUCCCUGGCCCUGGAGUUCGAGGAGAUACCAUCCAAGGAGAAGCAGCAGACGCUGGAGACCCUACUGGGCAUUGGGUCGAAGCUCAAGGCCGGCGUGGAGCUGGGCAGACGCAUUGUGCUGGCCUAUCGGGCCGCCAUGUACCUGGACAAGGAGUAUCUGGAUGUGCUACGCACCAAGGAUGUCCACGUGCUGCUGAAGAGUGCCGCCGAUGAGGAUUGCCUGCAGCGUUUGCUGGUGGUCAGCGACAUACAAAUAUCCACACGGAUGACUCCAAAGGAGAUUGCCGAUAUUCUCGCCCUGGAGCUGACUACGUGCAUUGUUAGGCCGCGCUUCUACAUCUUCAAUGCCAACCAACAGCCACGGAACGCCCUGCGGAACGCCGAUCUCUGGGGUCACAGCAUCGAUCGGGAUUUCCACUUGUUCCUGGAACUGACACCAAACACCACGAUGCUGGGCAACUGCCUGCUGGACUACUGCGAGGCCCUGAAGGCCUAUCGUCGCUAUCAGGACGGAAAGGAGUACGAGGAGAGCGAGACGUUUGAGCGUCUCUCGAAGAUCAUAACGCUCUAUGGAGUGCCGCUGGCCACACCCCCCGGGGGACUGUCUGGCGUUCCCCAAGUGCUCUCCCACAAGAAGCAGAACCAGAUCUACUUGGAGCUGCUGAUCAAGGCGCACUUGUGCUUUGUCCACGAGUGCUCCAUGGAGGGCAUUGCCAGCGUUCUGCAGAAGGCCAAGAAGCUCAAUGGACAACUGGCCAAGGCCAAAUCGUGGUCCCUGAUCGUCCGGAUGCUGAUUGGCAUAGCCUGCUAUCGGGAGAUGUUCUACUGCUUCGAUUCGCUGAUUGAGAACGAACAGUUCGAGUCGCUGCUGGGACAGUUUGACGAGGAUCAGAAGAGUGGCCUGCGCCAGGGCAUUCUCAGCUAUUUGCGAGAGUAUCAGCCGAAGAACGGCAAGGAGCUGCUACGACUGGCUGCCUUGCACUUUCUCAUGUACAAAGAGCUGGCCGAAAUGUGGACCGAAGAGGCCCAGAAUGUGGUUGCCAGAAUCCAGGCCCUGGCCGAGCAGUUCAACAAGCUGAAGUGCUCGUCGGAGGUGCAGAAUCUUCUACAGCAGGCCAUGGAGAACUACACGCAUGCCACGGAGAACUAUCUGCUGGACAACAAGCUGCUGCUGGCCCAACAGAGUGUGUCGCGAGCGGAGCUCAUUGCCAUGCAGCUGGACCUCUGCAGCAAGGCCCUGGAACGGCGACACAAUAACAACACCCCGCAGCUCUGUGUGAGCGUCAUAGCCGUCCGAUCGAGGGAACAGUUUCGGGAAUUGGUCAACACACAAAUCAGCGUCCCGCAAACUCUGAUAUUGAGUCGCGCCUAUGGCUACGACAUUAACUGGAGCGAGGCCAUUCUCUCCCAAUUUGUGCUGCUGCAGAACCCCGUCUAUCUUCAGGAAUAUCUCUGCCAUCGGCGUUUGAGCGACGAUGUGAUCGAGCAGGUGGUCAAGGGGUACUUGGUGCACGCCCAGAGCAAUGCCACAACCGCCAAGCAGGAGGAGCUGCUGGCCCAUCUGGUGGAGCUGCUUAAAUCGGUGACACUCAAAUACAAAUUGGCUUCCAUUUUGGGCCUCAAGCCCAUUCUGUUGUCGUUGAUAAACGAUUCGCCAGUACACUAUUUGCGCGACACGAAUUUCGGGCGCAACGAGUUCCACGCGGCAGCGGACACAUGACAUAUAUAUUAUUGUGAUUUUAAACCGAUGUUAAUCAACCAUUUUAGCACUGAAUACGUUAUAAACAACAUUUUUAAAC